AUGGGUACGGGGCGGAAGGCUAGGGGGUACAGAGUGGAGAGGGAUGUGCUGGAUGAACAGAGACUGGAGGAGCUGGCUCAGAGAAUGAACUACUCUGACACUCACCCUUCCCUGACCAAGCAGCUAAAAGAUUCCUUCAGAUGUACUGUACCCAGGCUGAAACGUAGUGUGGUGGGCUGUCUGCCUGUACUCUACUGGCUGCCCCGCUACUCUAUCUGGGACUAUGGCAUGCCGGACCUCAUCUCUGGUAUCAGUGUGGGCAUCAUGCACUUGCCACAAGGUAUGGCAUAUGCAUUGCUGGCCUCCUUGCCCCCAGUGUUUGGGCUAUACACAUCCCUCUACCCUGCGUUGGUCUACUUCUUCUUUGGGACAUCCAGACAUAUUUCCAUAGGUACGUUUGCAGUGCUCAGUAUCAUGGUUGGAAGUGUGACAGAGAGGUUGGCUCCAGACAGGAACUUCCUGGUCAUGCUGAAUGGGACUAACCUGACUGAGGUGAACAUCACUGCCAGGGACUCCUACCGGGUGCAGGUUGCUGCUGCUACCACCGUCCUAGGAGGACUCAUCCAGGUGGUGCUGGGACUGGUGAAGUUUGGGUUUGUGGGUACCUACCUGUCGGAGCCACUGGUGCGAGCCUACACAACAGCAGCUGCUGCUCACGCUGUGGUUGCUGUGAUCGCACAGCUCUUUGGGCUGUCCACCACACGCUUUAGUGGGCCCUUGUCACUGGUGUAUACCCUGGUCGAGGUGUGCUCCAAGCUACCUCAGACCCAUCUCCCCACACUGGCGGUCAGUGGUGUAUCCAUGGUGUUUCUCAUCGUAGCCAAGGAAAUCAACUCUGCCAUCAGUGCCAAACUGCCCGUGCCCAUCCCAGUGGAGCUCAUCACGAUUGUGGCAGCAACAGUGAUAUCGUCCUACACCCACCUAAACGGCAACUACACAAUCUCAGUAGUGGGGGAAAUUCCCAGCGGCCUGGCUGCCCCCAGGUUACCUGAUGCUAGCCUGUUUGAAGAGGUGAUUGGGGAUGCGUUUGCCUUGGCUAUUGUGGGCUACGCCAUCUCCAUCUCUCUUGGGAAGACGUUUGCACUAAAACAUGGUUACAAGGUGGACAGCAACCAGGAGCUGGUGGCGCUGGGUCUCAGUAAUGCCGUGGGGGGAUUCUUCCAGUGCUACGCUGUCUGCUCCUCCAUGUCCCGUAGUCUCAUCCAGGAGAGUACCGGAGGCAAGACACAGAUGGCUGGAAUGGCCUCUGCUGUGAUUGUGUUGGUGACUGUGCUGAAGCUCGGGCCUCUGUUCCAGGAGCUGCCAAAGGCAGUGCUUGCAGCCAUCGUCUUUGUGAACCUGAAGGGCAUGUUCAAGCAGUACUAUGACAUCAUCACUCUGUGGAGGAGCAGCAAAGUUGAUCUGGUGGUGUGGCUGGUGACCUGGGUAUCCACACUGCUGUUCAACCUGGACAUGGGCCUUGGUGCCUCCAUCACCUUCGCUGUGCUCACUGUUAUCUUCAGGACCCAGCUCCCAAAGUACUCAGUUCUGGGACACGUUCCAGGGACAGAGCUCUACUUGGACAUGGAGACCCACAGAGAGGUGAGAGAGGUCCCUGGCAUCACUAUCUUCCACUCCUCUGCCACUGUGUACUUCGCCAACGCUGACCUCUACCUGGAGGCUCUAAAAGGAAAGAGCGGGCUUGAUAUCAGCAAGAUGAUCAUCUACAAGAGAAGACAGGAGGCCAAGCAGAGACGCAGAGACAAGAGAGCUGAGAGGAGAGCUAGGAGGGAGGCCAAGAGAGAGAAGCAUGCCCUGAGAGCGGCAGAGCAGAAGGCAGGGGUUUUCUCCGUAGAGGAGGCGGCGGGGCAAUGGAAGGAACCGGGGGGCGGAGAUGGAGACAGGGAGGAGUCACUGGGAGACGACCAACGAGGUUGGUGCGGCCGCGAGAACGGCACCGUGUUUGUCAUGCCAACAACGCCCCGCACGCCCGAUGACCAAUGCAGCUGGGAGUACCUGAAGGGCAGUAAAGACCCAGACUGUGCCACCCUGGGGGCAGUGUCGGAACUGCAAGACGGGGACACCACCACUCUGGGGUCCAGUAGUGAGGAUACCCUGAGCCGGGAACUGGAUAAGGUCUCACUGGGAUCGCUGGGCAAGUGGACCUGGGACAUCCACUCCAUCAUCCUAGACCUCUCCACGGCUAACUUCAUCGACACCGUGGCCAUCAAGACCAUGAGAAACAUAUUCCACGACUUUGGUGAGAUUGAUGUUACUGUCUACAUGGCUGGGUGUCAGAUGUCUGUGGUAGAGCAGUUAGAGCUGGGAGGGUUCUUCUCGGAGUCCAUCACUAAAGGACGUCUGUUUGCUACUGUCCAUGAUGCUGUGCUGCACUGCCUUGGCCACCAGGGAACAUCAACGCCCAGCUAUGAGUAUUCUCUGGAGAUGCAGUGCAGCACCAAACUCUGAGGACCCUUACUGAAGUCUGACAUCUCUGUAUAUUUUAUUUUAUGGGGCGGGCCCCUAUCCUUUUGAAAAGUGACUUUCAAUUGGGAAUAUAGUAUACAGGUAUAUACUGUGUAUAUAUAUAUAUAUAUGGUAAUUAUAAUGCCUUCAAAAAAUAAAAGGUGCACUGAACCCCAACAUAGGGUUGCAAAACUACUCAUAAUUUAUCAAAGUUUCCGAAAUGUUUGGUAAUUUUGGUAUUUAACAGGUAAUCUCUGGUAAUUUAUAUUUACAUAACUUUUAUAAAAUGUACACAUAUGAAAUUAAAAAAUAUAUAUUUAUUUGUAUUUAUAUUGUCUACAGGUUU